AUGUACCUCAUCCCUGCAGAAAUUCACACCAAACGCAUCGCCCGAUUUACGGCUGAGGAAUACAAUCGUAGAGGUAAGGAGUUGGUGGACUACAUCACGCAGUACCUGAGCACUAUCAGGGAGAGGAGGGUGAUUCCUGAUGUGAAACCGGGCUACAUGAGGGACCUUCUCCCUGACACUGCACCUGCAGAGCCAGAGGACUGGGAGAAUAUCUUCAACGACAUCGAGAGAGUCAUCAUGCCAGGUGUGGUUCACUGGCAGAGUCCUCAUAUGCAUGCCUAUUACCCCAGUCUGACUUCAUGGCCCUCUAUGCUCGGGGACAUGUUGGCUGAUGCCAUCAACUGUGUUGGAUUCACCUGGGCCUCCAGUCCUGCUUGUACGGAGUUGGAAAUUCAUGUGAUGGACUGGCUGUGUAAAGCCCUGGGGCUCCCCUCCUUCUUCCUGCAUCACCAUUCUGACAGCAGAGGUGGAGGCAUACUUCAGAGCACAGUGAGUGAGAGUACACUGGUGGCUCUGCUGGCAGCCAGGAAAGACAAAAUUCUGCAGCUGCGGGCUGAGCUCGACCACGACAUUGACGACUCUGUCCUAAAUUCAAGACUGGUGGCUUACGCUUCAGAUCAGGCCCAUUCCUCAGUUGAGAAGGCAGGGCUGAUCUCUCUGGUGAAGAUCAGAUUUCUGCCCACUGAUGAGAACUUGUCUCUGAGAGGAAACACUUUGAAACAAGCCAUACAAGAAGACAGGAGGAUGGGACUGGUCCCUUUUAUGCUGUGUGCCACUUUGGGAACUACUGGAGUGUGUGCCUUUGACAAGCUAUCUGAACUGGGACCAGUGUGUGCAGAGGAGGGACUCUGGCUCCAUGUGGACGCUGCAUAUGCUGGCUCAGCCUACUUCUGUCCUGAGCUGCGCUCGUCCCUGGAGGGCAUUGAAUUUGCACAGUCUUUUGUCUUCAACCCCUCCAAGUGGAUGAUGGUUCAUUUUGAUUGCACUGCUUUUUGGGUAAGGGAUAAAUAUAAGCUCCAACAGACGUUUAAUGUUGAUCCUGUGUACCUGAGACAUGAAAACUCACAAUCAGCCACCGAUUUCAUGCACUGGCAAAUUCCUCUCAGCCGACGUUUCCGUUCUCUCAAACUCUGGUUUGUCAUGCGUUCCUUCGGACUGAAUAACCUCCAGGCUCAUAUCAGACAUGGUAUUGAGAUGGCAAAGCUCUUGGAGUCUCAGAUAAGGAGUGAUCCAAAUUUUGAGGUUCCUGCUGAGAGGAACCUUGGCCUGGUUGUUUUCUGUCUGAAAGCAGGAAAUGCUUCAACCCAGGAGCUGUUGAGGAGACUGACCCUAUCUGGCACCAUGUACCUCAUCCCUGCAGAAAUUCACACCAAACGCAUCAUCCGAUUUACAGUGACCUCACAGUACACCACUGCCAAUGACAUCCUUAGAGACUGGGGAAUUAUCUCCAAAAUGGCUUCCGAUCUUGUGGCUGAGAUACAGCUGCUCGAUAAUGCAGUCCAGCCAAAACUAGAAGAUGAUGAGGUAAUAGGAUCUGAAGAAAACUACGACCCCAACUCUGACACCAGGUCUGAGGAGACCGAGGAUACUACCUCCAAGAUGGACACGGCUCAAGUGGAGCUGUGGAUUGACAAGGCUUGGAAUCCAACUCGGAGAGCAAUGCGCUCUCUGAGCUGCAACAGCGAGCCUCUGCCUUACACUUGCAUUGGUCCCCUGUCUGGCUACGACUUUGAAACAAGGCCUUGUUCUAAAGAUUCUGCAGUUGUCCUCUCUACGCCUCCAAUAACAGGGGCUGGCCCGUUGCUUAAGAUUACUGAGAUGCCUUCAAAUCUUGUGGGUAAACAGGUGCUGAAAAAGCUGACAAAGUUCAACAGCGUGCCCAGUUUCUGCAACCAGUGGGUGCAGUGUGGUCGGCACCAGCUGUGCUGCCCUCUGAAGGUUUCACAGACAGCUCAAAAACACUUGUCCUCCACCUGCAUAAGAAUGAACUGUAUGUCUUCCUCUCCCAUAGCCAAUACAGCACCCUCUCCUACUCCACUGGAAACUGCCACUGCACCUCAGCUCUCGCAAUGAUCAUGAAAG